ACUGCAGGUCAAUGUUUAACCGGCACCCGUGUCAACCAUAGCCCUUUGUUGAGCGCGGAGAAUUUUCCUUUGACUUCACCGAAUAAACACGCACAAUAUGAUGGCCAAUACUUGGAAUAUUGCAAGCUGUCUUGUGUGCGUCAUUGGAAUCGUUUUAGCCGCACCAGCCACUGUUAAAUUACCUAAAGGUUUUGUGCAAUGUAAAAAAAGCGAUCCAAAACUAGGUGAAUGUAUAAAGAAUUCUCUGUCAUAUGCAGUCCCACAUUUAGUAAAAGGUGUUCCGAGUCUUGGAUUGCUCCCAAUUGAUCCAUUAAGGAUCACGGCAUUGGGAAUAGACCAAGGAAGUGGGCCUGUCAGCAUCAAGCUCAACUUUAGGGAUUUAGACAUAUCCAACAUCGGAACUGUAAUAAUUAAAGAAGUCACUGCUGAUCUGAAUAAUAAUCACUUCACAUUUGACUUGGAAUUUGAAAAGCCCAUAACACUCGAUGGACAUUACGAUGUCAAGGGAAAAGUUAUCAUUUUACCGAUCACUGGAGACGGACUAAGCAAAAUCAUCCUUGACAAUCUCAAAGCCAAAAUAAAUCUUUACUUGAAACCUGUUGUAAGAAAUGGAGUCACCUAUAUGGACAUUAGUGAAAUUGUAUUGAAGUUCACCACCACCAAAAUGCAUUUGAAGCUGGACAACUUAUUCAAAGGAGAUAAAGCACUUGGAAACAACAUGAAUACAUUUUUAAAUGAAAAUUGGAGUGAAAUUUUAGGUGAAUUGCAAUCAAGUUUUGAAAAUGCUUUAGCUGCUGCAUUCGGUGGAAUCGCACAACAAUUCUUCCACAAAGUACCUUUCAAUCAAGUUUUCCAAGAGUAGAUAUUUAUUAUACUAUAAUUUAUUUAAUAAACAUUAUUUUAAUUUAUUUUUAUA